AAAUAGUCGCCAAAGCCUUUUUCUUCCUCUUUGUUUCUAAUUGCUUUCGACGACAAUCGAUCGUGGAGAAGUCUACCUCGUAGACCUCUCUCUCAAAUCCAAUUCAAUUACCAUUGUUUGUUAUUAUCUGAUGUCGAAUAUGCAAUUCUCUCGUGGUUUUAAUCCCUUUGUUCUCCUCUUCUGUCUCGCCGUGGUUGUACCAACUAUAUCGGCUGAUGUCGCUAUCUUGAGAACGGACUAUUACCGAAAAACAUGCCCCGAUUUCCACAAAAUCGUGCGUGAAGCCGUUACAACCAAACAAGUUCAACAACCAACAACUGCGGCCGGGACACUCCGUCUCUUUUUCCACGAUUGUUUCCUUGAAGGUUGUGAUGCAUCCGUCUUGAUCGCGACCAACUCGUUUAACAAAGCAGAACGUGAUGAUGAUCUUAACGAUUCCCUCCCGGGAGAUGCUUUUGACAUUGUCACCCGCAUCAAGACAGCUCUCGAGCUGUCUUGUCCUGGUGUAGUGUCUUGCGCAGAUAUCCUAGCGCAGGCUACACGUGACCUUGUCACAAUGGUAGGAGGACCUUACUUCGAGGUAAAGCUUGGUCGUAAAGACGGAUUCGAAUCCAAAGCCCAUAAAGUCCGAGGAAACGUCCCAAUGGCAAACCAGACCGUUCCCGACAUCCACGGGAUAUUCAAGAAAAACGGGUUUACUCUUCGCGAGAUGGUAGCAUUAAGCGGGGCUCACACCAUUGGAUUCUCUCACUGCAAAGAGUUUGCCGACAGGCUUUACGGAUCCAAAGCUGAUAAAGAAAUCAACCCACGAUUCGCAGCAGCUCUCAAAGAUCUCUGCAAAAACCACACCGUGGAUGACACAAUCGCGGCGUUUAACGACGUGAUGACUCCGGGAAAAUUCGACAACAUGUACUUCAAGAACCUAAAGCGAGGGCUAGGGCUUUUAGCUUCCGACCACAUCCUUAUUAAAGAUAACAGCACCAAGCCGUUUGUGGAUCUAUACGCAACUAACGAGACAGCAUUCUUUGAGGAUUUCGCUCGUGCGAUGGAGAAACUUGGCACGGUCGGCGUCAAGGGUGAUAAAGAAGGAGAAGUGAGACCCAACAGAGUUGCAAAUUCCCUGAUUCGAGAUUCUUGCAAGAAAGCUUCAAAAAAUUCAGAACCACAUUACUUCAAGUUCUGCAUUGCAUCUAUUAGCGAAAACCCGGAGAGUCAACAAGUAAAAAAUAUCGAUGAAUUGAUCGGAGUAGGCGUGAAAAACGCUAUUUCUAACAUGACGAACGUGAAAGGAAUUGUAGAGAAGAUGUUGAAGGAAAGAAAGUAUACGAGUAAACUGAGUGAGAAGAUGUUGCGUGUUUGCGUUAAGCUUUAUUCUGAGGGCACUAACUUGUUAACCAAAUGUUUAGGGUACAUUAAAUUGCGGGAUUUCGAUAAACUCCACAAUACUAUUCGUCAUGCAAGAGUUGUUCCUAGAGAGUGUGAAAUGGGAUUCAAUGAUGAUAAUAAACAGAAAUCUCCGGUGACGAAAGAGAACGAUGUUCUCUUCGACACCGUGGACAUUGCUCAGUCUUUUAAUUACUAUGCUCAUGUAAAUCCGGACAAUUAGUGUCUAGCCAAACAGUCCGUCAGUUAUAGGUGGCAAUGUUUCUUGUUUUGUUAUGAAAUAUUGAAUUAAUGAAAAAUAUAAGGUCAGGGUUUAC